AUGCUGGGCCUCAGACCGCGGUCGAAUUGCCCCUCGGCACCAUCUUGCUACCGCCUCUUCCCAGUCUCAUCAUCAUCUUCACCUGCACCUUUACCAUCUUCAUCCCAAAUCCGUUCGGAGCCAACCACUCAGACAUCUCCUCUGCUGCGUCUCCCUGGCGAGAUCCGCAAUCAGAUCUACCAGCACCUGCUUGUCCUCCCGGAGCCUGUCCACAUCUACAGGAGAAGCGAUGCUCAGGGGGAAUCAGAUGAUGGCGUUUCGCUCCAUCAGAGCCUGGUCUCCCUCUUCCUGACCUGCCGCCAGGUCUACCUCGAGGCCAGCUCGGUCUUCUACUCUCAGAACAAGUUCGUCCUUCCGGCCGACUCGUCUGCCGCGCCACACCAGGUUCAGGCCAACUUCCUCUUCCGCUGGUUCCUUGACUGCAUCGGCCCUCGCAACUCGGCCUUCCUUCGUCAUCUGGCCGUCCCCUUCCCAGUGGACCCAUACGCUCUCAUCCAAUCUCACCUGUCCCCCAACAAGGAGAUGGACAGUGCUCUGCAGACACUGAUCCCUGCCCUCCAGAGGCGCUGCCCUAACCUCGAGACACUCGAGUUUGACGUCCGCUGCAACAACCACUGGCUGCGCUUGCUCCACCCUCACACCUCCACCAUCUCAUCCAUGUUCAGCCAGCUCGAUGAUACCCUACGCUCAUCCUUCCCUCGCUUGAGGCACAUUGGCCUGUGCUUGACUGGCCCCACCCGGGAGUACACCUGGACUCUCUAUGGUGACAGCACUAGUAUGGAGAUGCCUGAGGAAGAGUAUGAGUGGCUCCGGCAGGUCAUUGAACAAGAACAUGGCUGGGAGCUGAAAGUUGCCGAGUCCGAGCUGGAGACAGUUUUUGGUUCGGAUAUUGAGAGCGAGCUUGGAUACACUCACCGCAGACGCACUCCAACUGGGUGGUCUACCCUCUGGCUCCCCAAGACUCCAAGGGAUCCCACUGCCGCUCUAUAUGAACGGCCCGAGACGGCCAGCAUCCUCCCGGACGACACCUUCUCCUCAAAGGUCAGAUUUGCCCGUAUCUGGAUCAGGUCUCCCAGCCGGGCUACCCAGAGCCGUGAGGAUCUUGAGGAGUGGCUCCAAUGGAAGGAGACCAUGCUUGCCCAAGCUGGCCCCGGAGUGGGACUUCACACAUCAUACUGUUUUGGCAGCAGGCACAGUCUUGUACCCGCGGAAACCUCCAAGAGGAAAUUGGAAAAGCUCGCAAGCAAACUGCGCAGCAUUGUAGCUUUCUGA